ACCAUUUUGUGCCCUUCAACCGCCUCUUCUGCUUCUCUCUCACCGUCUUCUUCUCCUCCCUCACGACCCGCACCUGCUGCCACGCCAUCCGGGUUGGAUCCAUCGACUCCCUCCUUCCCGGAGCCGUCAAAGAGGCUGCCGACCAGCUCGGAUUCUUCCAAUCCUCCGGAGCCUCUUCCAAGGACGCUGUCGCCAGUGGCAUGAGCGGGGAACCAUCUGAAUUAUGGAGGCGAAUUCACUAAUUCAAAAAUCCCAAAAGAAGCAGAAACUGAAUGAACAACAGGACAUUGAUGGGAACAGCAAAUGCUUAGGUAAUUUACCUGAGGAGAUUCUUCGACACAUCCUUUCCUUUCUUCCAACCCAAGAUGCUUUUAUGACAAGUGUACUUUCUAAAAGGUGGGAAUACCUAUGGGCUUCAAUUCCCAAUCUAGAUUUUGACAUAUUACAUUCCUGGCAUCCUAAUAAAAGGCGUAAUAGAACGCUUUUUAUGAAUUUUGUGGAUAGGGUGUUUUGUCUUCGUGACUCCUCUGAUAUAAAAAGAUUCACUUUCUGUUGUGAUGUGCUAAGUGCUGCAUCUCGUGUUAAUACGUGGGUCAUUUCCGCAGUAAGGCAUAAUGUUCAAGAGUUGCAUAUUGAGCUUCAAAACUGCAAAGGAGAAUUUUCAUUGCCUUAUUGCUUGUUUACUUGUAAGACACUGAGAAGCUUGGACCUUGAUGUGCGUUGUAUCCUCAAGCUUCCCACUACAGUUUGUUUCUCAAAUCUUAAAAUCUUGACUAUCGGAAAAGUAACAUUUUCGAAUGAUUACUUAACCCAUCAGUUUUUCUCUGGUCUGCCAGUCCUUGAGAAGUUGAAAUUAAACGGUUGCUAUUGGGGGGGACUCAAGGUUUUGCGUAUUUCUGGUCCCAAGCUUCAUUUUCUGAGAAUAGGUGAGUUUGAGAGAGAAAAUUUGAGCUUUAGGGAUGGUUGUCAGGUUAUGAUUUUUGGAGUUAGUCUCAAAGAAUUUAAUUACUGUGGUAGUCUCCUCAGCAAAUAUUGCUUAUAUGAGUCACUUUCUCUGGAAAAGGCAGAUAUUCAUAUUGGUUAUGUUAAUACAUCAGCACAAAUUGCUCAUCGCAUGUAUAAGCUUCUUACAGGGCUCUGCAACGUAGAAUUCCUAAGACUUUCCCCUAAUGUGGUUAAGGUUCUAAUACAUGCAACACAACUCCUACCACAUAUGCCUAUGUUCAAUAACCUGGUGGAUUUGAAGUUCAGUGCCAGUACCUAUGGGUUCCAUUUUGGUGGAACGUCAGUAGAUCUUGAUUGUGAAGCACUAUUGAAGAUAUUGCGAAGAUUUCCUUGUCUUGAGAAUUUGGAAUUUUUGGGGGGGCUUACUUUGUCGUCAAAUUGUGAGGAAGAUGAUAGGAUAUUGGAACCAGCACCUCCAUGUUUCUCAUCCCAUCUCAAGUGGAUUAAAGUCUAUUAUUAUGAUGGAGAUAAGAAGAAGCUCUCUGCCAUAAAAAUUUUGCUCAAGAAGGCUGUUGUCUUGGAGAAAAUAGUUUUAAUUUCCUCAUUGUAUCCUAGAAAGAACUUGGAUAAUCAAGUGAAGGUUGUUUGUAAACAGUUGAUGGAGCUCCCUAGAGGCUCACAGAAUUGUAAAAUUGUUUUGGAUUGGUAUGAUCCUUCUGCCAAAAGACGUGAAAUUGUUUUGUAAUGAGCUUUUCUUGAGCUCUUUCUCUAGAAAAUCGCCAUGAAAUUCCUGGUUUUUUUUUUU